UGAUGUGAUGCUCGGGGAGGAACCACCGUGGCCAGGCAUUUUCGCUCCUUCCUGGCGCAUGGACUCCGUGCCUGGAUGUGUUGUGACAUAUAUAAACAAACCAGGGAACAGACAAAAGUUCCUGUAUAUUGAUGUAUUAACGACAACAUCCAAAAUACAUCGAUACAUUUAAAGCCAGACGGGGAAAUUCCUGGCCGAAGACAGCCAAAUUAGGCCUAUCUAGGCAUGGCCUCAAAUAUGGAUGCCAGCAUUCAGCAUAGUAAUGGCGGCCUGACGUCUUCGUCUACUGGAUCAGUAAACUCUCCCGCUCUAAGGGCCCAAGAUGAUGAGAAGCAAGAGCAGGACAUCAUUCCCAAUGGCGGCAUUAAAGCAUGGCUCCAGGUGUUUGGAGCGUUCCUACUCUUCUUUAAUUCUUGGGGUGUUAUCAAUACGUUCGGCGCCUAUCAAACAUACUAUGAAUUCAAUCUACUCCAGGCACGUUCCUCAUCGACCAUAUCCUGGAUUGGCACAUUUCAGGGCUUUAUUUUGAUUACCUUCAGCAUUGUGGGUGGCCCGAUCUUUGACAGAGGGUAUUUUCGGCACUUGAUUGUGGGUGGAAGUUUUUUUCUCGUUUUUGGAAUGAUGAUGACCAGUCUUUGCUCCGAAUACUACCAGCUUUUCCUCGCGCAGGGGCUCUGUGUUGGCUUGGGUGCCGGUGCUAUUUUCCUGCCUAGUGUUGCCAUCGUCGCUACAUACUUUACGACAAAACGCGCACUAGCAACAGGUAUCACAGCCGCUGGUGGUAGCGUUGGGUCGGUGAUAUAUACAAUCAUCUUCCGCAAAUUGCAGCCGCGCAUAGGGUUCGCGUGGUCAACGAGGGUAAUUGGUUUUAUUGCCCUAGGUUGUUUAAUUGUCAGUUUGGCAAUAAUGCGUUCUCGUGCACCACCCCGCAGCAAAACUCAUCAACAAGCACGCAAGAUGGUUGACCUGUCUGCUUUUAAAUCCAUCCCAUUUCUUAUCUGCAUUGCUGGGAUGUUUCUCGCAUUCAUCGGCCUCUACAUCCCAUUCUUCUACAUCAUAGCCUACGCCGAGACCCACGCAAACGUCACUGAAGACAUGUCGUUCUACUUACUUUCCAUAAUGAAUGCUGCAUCAGCUUUUGGCCGUAUCAUCCCCGGUCUUCUAGCCGAUCGACUGGGAUCGGUUCCUGUCAUGGCGGCUUGUACGCUUGCCUCUGCCGUGCUAAUCUAUGCCUGGAUUGCCAUCAACAGCCUUGCCGGUCUGAUCGUGUUUUCUAUUCUGUAUGGGUUUGUAUCUGGAGCUGUAGUCUCGCUGCCUGUCACUACUGUUGCGUUCCUGGUCCCGGAUCUGAGCAAGGUUGGCACCUGGAUGGGUAUGGCAUUCUGCUUUUCUGGGCUGGGUUUUCUCAUUGGCAACCCCAUUGCGGGAACGCUGACCAAUGUAGAAAACGAUGACUAUAUCAGAGGCAUUGUUUUUGCGGCCAGUUGCGUUGUGGCAGGUGGAACAGUUUUCUCGAUGUUGGUGGGAUACCUGUCAUUCUUGAAGCGCAAGUCUUGAUUCAUAUCGGCUGUUACUAGCAAUGGCAUUGUUUCGGUCGUCGGUCAGAACCGGGUAUUAUUUCUUUUCUGCGGUUCCCAUCCUUACUAUUUACGAAAACUAAUACUAGAACAUUUCUCUACUCAAUAAAACGAUCCAUAAGUCAUAUAAUUCAAAAUGUAUAUUGUUCUGAGUGGGUACUUACUCCUUAUCGCAUGGAGUAUCUUCAGUGCACAGAAUGUGUAAUCAAAA